AUGGUGACGGAGAUGGGCUCCGCCACCAUCGGUGGCAUCUCACCGGCAUUGUCGGCAAAUGCUGCCAAAUCAUUCCUUGAAGCCACCGAUAAGGAGAAGAAAGAACUGCAGCGAUCUCUUCAGGGAUUGAACGAUCGCCUUGGAAACUAUAUCGAUCGAGUGAAACGUUUGGAGGAACAGAACAGAAAGCUCGUUGCUGAUCUUGAUGAACUUCGUGGCAAAUGGGGAAAAGACACAUCUGAGAUCAAGGUUGGCAAGAAAUUUCUUUGA